UGGCUGCCAAGCAUCCAAUCCAGACUUAGACGGCAGCAAUCGAGGUACACAACAAAAGGUGUCCCAGUCGCCCGCCUACUUUCGCACUACCCAACAACCAAGAUGCAGUCUGUGCAGCGCCAAUUCACAAAGCUUCGAAGCAAAGGCCCCGGCAACAAUGCUGCGGUCUCUGUUUUACUGAAGGAGUACGAAGAUGCGGACCAGCUCCUUGCAAGGCUACUCGAAAACUCCCGGGCCUGGAGGGAUGCCUGGGCCUCGCUCAUCCACCAUCAACUACAAUUUGUCGUCGAACUCGAAGGCCUCUACGAUCCCAUUGUCGGCGCCUCCGAUGGCCAUGGCCGCGAAUCCGUCCCUACCCCCCGGCUACAACUCGAGCGGACAUUCAGGUUGAAGCAGGCCUAUGGCGAACUCAAGUCCGAGCUGGCGGAGGAAAUUGGCACGAUCGAAGAGCGAGUGGUUCGACCGGCUGUGGAAGCACGGGAUUGUAUCGCGCCAAUUCGUAAAACGAUCAAGAAGCGAGAGAACAAGAGGCUGGAUUACGAAAGGGCCCAGGACAAAGUCAGCAAGCUUCACAAAAAACAUACAAGGACUCCAAAGGAGGAAGCUUCUCUGGCAAAGGCUGAGGCGGAGAUGGCCCAAGCGGGUGAUGAAUUCGCCAUUGCAGAUGAACACCUCCAAUCGACCCUGCCGCCCAUCAUAAACGCUUCCUUCAGCCUGGUACCUUGCCUGCAAGCAGCCUUGGUUCUGAUCCAGAACCGCCUGUUGGGACUAUAUUAUACAACCGUUCACGGCUACUGCAUGGAGUCCGGGUUCCCCUCACCUCCGCCUCCCAUGUCCGAGGUGGUAGCGGCAUGGGAAGCCGCCUUCGUUCCCGCUCGGGAUGAUUUCGAGUCCGUCAGCAUCGUCGCCCGCGGCAAGGCAGCCCAUUCACCCAUGGCCCUACAGGCCCCCGAAGGCCCAGGCCGACGGAUUUCGGCCAUGAUACCCGGGAGGAACGACAUGCGUCGAGUCACUUCACCAAUGCCAUCCACAUCCAGUGCGUCAACAUACGGCGGCGGCGGCGGUCAUCCAGGACGCAACAAUCUUCGCAUCCCCUCUGCAGGUGGUUACCCCUCCCGCACCCCGUCGCCCGCGGCAUCCGAUCGAUCCUCGUACGCCUCCAGCCCGCCGGCCUCCUCUUAUUCCGGCUACUCCGGCAGCCAAAGCCAGCCAAGGAGACUCGAGUACCUGGCGCCUACCGACUUCACCACGGCUACUUCCCUGAGCGACCGAGGCCCGGUAGACCGCACCACGCUCGAGAACAAUAGGCCUUUUCCGAGGUCUCCGUCGACUCCGUCGAUGUCGAUCAACAGGGCCCAUAGCCCCCAGGCUAUUCGAAGUGCUGGCAAUAGCAAUGGCAACGGAAAUGGAAACGAUUACUUUGCUCUAGCGGUCGCCAAGAAGAGACCUCCUCCCCCUCCACCGCCGAAGAAGAUCGCGAGCCAGCAGCAGCUGGUUGAGUAUGUGGUUGCGCAGUACGCGUUUGCUGGGCAGGGCGCGGGAGAUCUGGCGUUUAACGAGGGCGACAGGAUCAUGAUUGUCAAGAAGACGAAUACGGAUCAGGACUGGUGGGUUGGUGAGUUGAAUGGGAAGAGGGGCAAUUUCCCGGCGAAUUAUUGUAAGCCGGUGUGAUUUUGUUGGUGCUGUUUACUUACUGCGGAGCGGGAUAUCCUGGACCGCGAGCGCGUGUUUUUGUUUUGAAAGCGAAUUCAGGGGGGUAAUUGACCUGUGUGAUGGGCACAACAACUUUCUGCUAUUGCCCGCAUGAGGAGUUGAGAGGGCUUCGCCGAAGCGUGGUUGAUCGGUAACUCAUUUGUAUGAUUUUGUAAACUAUAAUAGUUCAAGGGGGAAACGAGCU